GGAAAUUAUAAUAAUAAUAAGAUUUCAGAUAAACAUGUUGUCAAAGAUAAUCAUGGUUCAAUCCAUUUCUUCCACCCUUCCUCAGCUUCUUCAUCAUUAUCCACAAGCCCAUACCAGGAGAGUUAAUUCGAUUUCAUCGAGACUUGAGAUACCAAAGAAUCGAAACAACAUUAGGAAGAUCCUCGACAGCACCAGUUGGGUUGCUACGGCGGCCGGAGGGGGAAACGUGCAGUCUGUGUCUAUUCCAACUUCGGUGCCGGUUCGUGUAGCUCAUGAGCUUCUUUUGGCUGGACAUCGAUACUUGGACGUCAGAACUCCUGAAGAAUUCAGUGCUGGACAUCUUGUUGGGGCCAUCAAUGUUCCUUACUUGUAUAGAGUUGGAUCAGGAAUGACUAAGAAUUCUCAAUUCUUGGAGGAAGUACUUUCACAUUUUGGGAAAGACGAUGAAAUCAUAGUGGGAUGUCAACUUGGUAAAAGAUCAUUCAUGGCAGCAACUGAUCUUGUUUCUUCUGGGUUUACAGGCAUUACAGACAUGGCUGGAGGAUAUGCUGCUUGGACACAAAUUAGACUCCCAAUAGAAUCUUGAUCCCAAAUGAAGAACAUUUAAGUAAUCAAUAAAAAUGAAUAUUGUUGUUGUAUCAAGAAUCCACCCUAAUUAAUAAAGGGUUUAUGUGAAUAUUAAGAAUUCUGACAACAUCAAGUUUGUCUGUCUGUCUGUCUUUGUAUGUAAUGGUUGACAGACAUUCCACUCAAUGAAAUCAGUUUCUCCUU